CUGAACAUUGCUGUAUAAUUCCUUUCAGAUUCUGAGACUCCAGAAACAUGUCUUAUCAACAGCAGCAGUGCAAGCAGCCCUGCCAGCUGCCUCCUGUGGUCAUAACUCCAAAGUGCCCUGAGCCGUGCCCACCUCCAAAGUGUCCUGAGCCAUGCCCACCUCCACAACAGCAAUGCCCUCCUGUGCAUCCUGCCCCAUCCUGCCAGCAGAAGUACCCACCCAAGAACAAGUAACACCAUCAGGAGUCCUCAGUUCAUGAAAAGGGAAGGAAAUCUGGCUCACCUCCUUCUAUGGCAGCACCUUCUUCUUCUCUUCAAAGUGAUUCAUGAACACACAACAACCUUCUUCACCCUUUCACAUAUAAUCUGCCUCCAUGGUUUCUUGUCUCCCUACAGGGGAACUCUCAUCUCUCCCUUGGUCCCGUCCCAUAAUGUCUUCUGAGCCUCUCUGUCACCUGGGAAAUUAUAACUAAACUUUCACAUCCUGAAUAAAGUAUUAUAUUUUUUGUGAGAGGAGAAA